AUGAUCACUUUGAUUUUACGGCUCAGCAUUCUUGUGAUACUAUUAGCAGCGGCCGUAGCGUCUCCCGUUUCUUCCUCCGACAAGGACAGCAGCAAGAGCAACCAAGAACAUGUCAACCAUGGCAAGAUCAUCACUCACAAACCUGAAUAUGAUCCCCUGUCGGAGAAGUACGGCCUGAACAAUUCGCAAGAGUUCAAGUACUUCCAUGAACCAGGCAAUGACGAUACCCUGGGCCACUACGAUACGCGCUUCUUCAACGAGCCUGUCCCGGACGAGGAGCGCUCCGAAACUCUGACGCAUAUGAUUCGCUCUUAUCUCAACUUUUUCAAUGAGCAUGGCAUGGAGACUUGGAUUGCGCAUGGGACAUUACUGGGGUGGUGGUGGAAUGGCAAGAUGCUACCCUGGGACUGGGAUAUUGAUACACAAGUGCUGGAUACCACCCUGCUGCACUUGGCUGACAACUUCAACCAAACCGUCGUCCACUACACGGCUGCCGACUCCGACGUGGAGCGGAGCUACCUCCUCGACAUCAACCCCUGGGCUCGACAGCGCGAACGGGGUCAGGGACUCAACAUUAUCGAUGCGCGGUGGAUCGACAGGCAGACGGGUCUCUACAUUGACAUCACAGGACUGAGUAGGUUGGAGCCGGAGAAACCCACUCUGUGGCAGGACAAAAACGACCACAAGUAUCAGAUAGGGGAUAUCUAUCCCCUGCGCAAGACGACUUUUGAAGGCGUGCUAGCCAAAAUCCCCUUCGACUACGAUUCUGUCUUAAUCGGAGAAUAUACCCAGGAAGCGUUGACAAUGACCAAGUACCACAAUCAUACAUGGUAUCCUGACCUGGAACAAUGGGUUUCCGAUAACGACGAAAUCGCCAAAGACAAGCUCGACGACGAUCGCCAAUAUGAGAGGCGAUGA